AUGCCGGCGGGCAUGACGAAGCAUGGCUCGCGCUCCACCAGCUCGCUGCCGCCCGAGCCCAUGGAGAUCGUGCGCAGCAAGGCGUGCUCACGCCGGGUGCGCCUCAACGUCGGGGGCCUGGCGCACGAGGUGCUGUGGCGCACUCUGGACCGCCUGCCCCGCACGCGGCUGGGCAAGCUCCGGGACUGCAACACGCACGACUCUCUGCUCCAGGUGUGCGACGACUACAGCCUUGAGGACAACGAGUACUUCUUCGACCGCCACCCGGGCGCCUUUACCUCCAUUCUCAAUUUCUACCGCACGGGCCGGCUGCACAUGAUGGAGGAGAUGUGCGCGCUGAGCUUCAGCCAGGAGCUGGACUACUGGGGCAUCGAUGAGAUCUACCUGGAGUCCUGCUGUCAGGCCCGCUACCACCAGAAGAAGGAGCAGAUGAACGAGGAGCUGAAGCGCGAGGCCGAGACUCUGCGGGAGCGGGAGGGCGAGGAGUUCGACAACACGUGCUGCGCCGAGAAGAGGAAGAAACUCUGGGACCUGCUGGAGAAACCCAACUCGUCGGUGGCCGCCAAGAUCCUGGCCAUCAUCUCCAUCAUGUUCAUCGUCCUUUCUACCAUUGCCCUAUCACUCAACACACUGCCUGAGCUGCAGAGCCUGGAUGAGUUUGGCCAGAGCACGGACAACCCGCAGCUGGCACACGUGGAAGCAGUAUGCAUUGCAUGGUUCACCAUGGAGUACUUGCUGCGCUUCCUGUCCUCGCCCAAGAAAUGGAAGUUUUUUAAGGGCCCUCUCAACGCCAUUGACUUACUGGCCAUCCUGCCCUACUACGUCACCAUCUUCCUUACGGAAUCCAACAAGAGUGUGCUGCAGUUCCAGAAUGUACGCCGUGUGGUCCAGAUCUUCCGAAUCAUGCGCAUCCUUCGCAUCCUGAAGCUGGCUCGCCAUUCCACCGGCCUGCAGUCCCUGGGUUUCACACUGCGCAGAAGCUACAACGAGCUGGGCUUGCUCAUCCUCUUUCUCGCCAUGGGCAUCAUGAUCUUCUCCAGCUUGGUCUUCUUUGCCGAGAAGGAUGAGGAUGACACCAAGUUCAAAAGCAUCCCUGCCUCUUUCUGGUGGGCCACCAUCACCAUGACAACCGUUGGGUAUGGAGACAUCUAUCCUAAGACUCUCCUGGGGAAGAUCGUGGGGGGCCUCUGCUGCAUCGCUGGGGUCCUAGUGAUUGCUCUUCCCAUCCCCAUUAUUGUUAACAACUUCUCAGAGUUCUACAAGGAGCAGAAGCGGCAGGAGAAAGCCAUCAAGCGGAGAGAGGCUCUGGAGAGAGCCAAGAGAAAUGGCAGCAUCGUGUCUAUGAACAUGAAGGAUGCCUUCGCCCGGAGCAUCGAGAUGAUGGACAUCGUGGUGGAGAAAAACGGAGAGAACAUGUCUAAGAAAGAUAAAGUGCAAGAUAACCACCUGUCUCCCAACAAGUGGAAAUGGACCAAGAGGGCACUGUCCGAGACCAGCUCAAGCAAGUCCUUUGAAACCAAGGAGCAGGGGUCCCCUGAGAAGGCCAGAUCGUCUUCCAGUCCUCAGCAUCUGAAUGUCCAGCAGUUGGAAGACAUGUACAAUAAGAUGGCCAAGACACAGUCCCAACCCAUCCUCAAUACCAAGGAGAUGGCACCACAGAGCAAGCCGACCGAAGAGCUGGAGAUGGGAAGCAUGCCCAGCCCCGUGGCCCCUCUGCCCACGCGCACAGAAGGCGUCAUCGACAUGCGAAGCAUGUCCAGCAUUGACAGCUUCAUCAGCUGUGCCACGGACUUCCCUGAAGCCACCCGAUUCUCCCACAGUCCUCUGGCAUCCCUCUCCAGCAAGGCUGGGGGCAGCACAGCUCCAGAGGUAGGCUGGCGGGGGGCUCUGGGGGCCAGUGGUGGGAGACUCGUUGAGGCCCACACCACUCCUGAAGCCAGUCGCUCUGGUUUCUUCGUUGAGAGCCCCAGGAGUUCCAUGAAGACCAACAACCCCAUGAAGCUCCGGGCACUCAAGGUCAACUUCAUGGAGGGUGAUCCCAGCCCGCUGCUGCCCUCUCUGGGGAUGUACCACGAUCCUCUUAGGAACAGAGGAGGUGCAGCAGCUGCAGUCGCAGGACUGGAGUGCGCCUCACUUUUAGACAAGCCUGUGCUGAGCCCAGAGUCCUCUAUCUAUACCACAGCAAGUGCCAGGACACCCCCUCGCUCCCCUGAGAAACACACAGCAAUAGCAUUCAACUUUGAGGCGGGCGUCCACCAGUACAUAGACACGGACACAGAUGAUGAGGGUCAGCCGCUCUACAGCGUGGACUCCAGUCCUCCCAAGAGUCUCCAUGGGAGCACCAGCCCCAAGUUCAGCAUUGGAACUAGAACAGAGAAGAACCAUUUUGAAAGCUCCCCCUUGCCCACCUCCCCCAAGUUCUUAAGGCCGAACUGUGUCUACUCCUCAGAAGGGUUGACUGGGAAAGGCCCCGGAGCUCAAGAGAAGUGCAGACUGGAGAACCACACCUCCCCCGAUGUGCACCUGCUGCCCGGGGGAGGAGCGCACGGGAGCACUCGGGAUCAGAGCAUCUGAGCUGCCCACCGCAGAGGGGAAUUUGCGGGAGAAAUCAAGGAGGGGGGGAUGCUUGGCUUGCUGCUGCUGAGUUCUAUGUGACCUCGGAGACACAAGGCCCCUGCAGAGCCCCAACAACAGGAGAGACCCUGAGAGCCAUGACAGGCCUAUGGACACAUAACCAGCCAAGCCACAGGGACCAUACCUCCUGACAGCACCUUCCUGAGAUGACGUAAGCGGAGCUCACAGCCACUAAGACCUAGCCUAGGCCACCCACUCCUCUUGAGGCUCUCCCAGCCUCUGAGUGCGCCAUCUCUGUCUCUCGUGGCUUCCGCUGGAGGAGGGCGUUGGAACAAGGGGCUGCCAGUGAGAGAAUGGGUUGACCAAGUAGUACUGGGUGUUGCCUAGCCACCUCCAAGAACACUGCCCUCUGUGACAGGGGACAGGGGACACUUUGAUCCUGAGGAACUCUCCGCUCCAUCAGCCAUGGUCCCGGCGCAUAACCCUUAAUGAAGCAAGCAGCUUGACUGAUUCAGUAGUCUGUGGUGCCCAGGGCUUUAUUCUGGGACGCUGUAAGGGUGAGCUGACAAUUUGGACUCAAUUCUUUCUGCCCUCCUGGCAAUCAAGGAAGGGUUCAAGACGGUCGGGACCCAGCCAAGGGGAUAAACCAGACCGCCACUUUUAGGGCUGCCACAGGAAUGAGCGUUCCAAGCAGCACUAGCCUGAACUCAAAAGAUACGUGAGCGUCAAAUAUGCAAACAAGAUAGAUUAUUCAAAGAGACUGUGUGACUGAAGAACAGCAUUAAAAAAAUAAUAAAUUUCAUUUUCUACAUGAGAAAAAGGAGGAA